AUGUCCAUCGAUCCCAAACCAGUCAUAAUUAUUGUCUAUGAUGCCCCUUCGCUUCAAGCCGACGAAGAUUUGUUCUUUCCAUAUGGAUCAGCGGAAGGUGAUACGGUUUUAUUAACCGGGGACGAACUUAAUACCGAUGUACCUAUCACACCCGGCCAAGGUUUCAAGUUUUACGGGUCUCAACAGAGUAAUAUCAUAGUCAACAACAACGGUGUCAUUUUCUUCGGCAGUAGUAGUACUCCAUACCUCAACCGAUUCCCUGAGGAUCCUCCGCCUUUGCACGACCAUGCCAAUGCCCUCAUUACACCAUACUGGGCCGACACUGACCCUACUAAGGAAGGUGCCAAUGUAUUUUACCGUAGCAUUACACGUGUCAGUAGCGUUGAUCAGGAUGCCUUUGACCUGGCUGAUGAUGUCGUGAGGAUGUCCUUCAUGGAGCUGCAGAAUUUCCAGACAUCGUGGAUGUUCGUUGUGACUUGGGACAAUUUGGGAUAUUAUAGUCCAAUUACUCCUUCAAACCUUGCUGGUUUUGGUGCUGGUGAUAAAAUAAAUUCCUACACGCUAGAAGGAUCUCAAACCCAAGACAUAAUUGCUAUUAACGAGAAGAGCAAUAUUGGUGUUCCCGGGCGAUUCAUUUUUAAAAUUGAUGAAGCAAAUAUGAUAACGGAACCUUCUAUCCCUACAUCAGAUUUGUUCUUUCCAUAUGGAUCAGCGGAAGGUGAUACGGUUUUAUUAACCGAGGACGAACUUAAUACCGAUGUACCUAUCACACCCGGCCAAGGUUUCAAGUUUUACGGGUCUCAACAGAGUAAUAUCAUAGUCAACAACAACGGUGUCAUUUUCUUCGGCAGUAGUAGUACUCCAUACCUCAACCGAUUCCCUGAGGAUCCUCCGCCUUUGCACGACCAUGCCAAUGCCCUCAUUACACCAUACUGGGCCGACACUGACCCUACUAAGGAAGGUGCCAAUGUAUUUUACCGUAGCAUUACACGUGUCAGUAGCGUUGAUCAUGAUGCCUUUGACCUGGCUGAUGAUGUCGUGAGGAUGUCCUUCAUGGAGCUGCAGAAUUUCCAGACAUCGUGGAUGUUCGUUGUGACUUGGGACAAUUUGGGAUAUUAUAGUCCAAUUACUCCUUCAAACCUUCUUUAA